AUGAAUAAACUAUUUUUGUCAUUAUUAUUUACAAUUGUAAUUGUUACAAUAAUAAAUGCACAAAUGGACAUGGCGGAAGAAGAAAAGGAUGCUCGUCUGAAACGUUGGGGCGGCAUGGGCCCGUGGGGUGGCGGUAUGGGCAUGUAUCGCCCAUGGGGUGGAGGAAUGUAUAAUAUGUACCGGCCGUGGGGUGGUGGAAUGGGCAUGUAUCGGCCAUGGGGCAUGGGAUGGGGCAGACGUUAAAAAUGAAUGGAAAAAUUAAAGAAAUGAGGCUAAUGAUGAUUUUAAAAAAUAAAAAAAUACAUAGAUGUGUGACUGAUAAUAUUUUUAUUAAAAAUUUUAUUAUAAUUAAAACGAAUUUUUUGUCUAAAAGAUAAACAAUUAUG